AUGCGGCAAGCGGCCCUUGCUGGAAAAGAUCGCGUCGUCGAUCGGAUCGGUUGGGUUGACAUGGGCGUUGUCACUGAACUCCGAAAGGGUUUUGAUUUUGUUGGCCAUGCCAGGCACGCGGGAGUCUUUGCGCAGGAGCCGAGGCCCCCAAAGCUAUCCAAGGGGGAAUCAGCACAGCUCGAUGAGAGGCACGGCAAGGGUUGGUUACCUACGCAUAGGCCUGGGGUUGCACAGACGUCGGCUGCAGGCCGAAAGCUGCGACCCGUGGAUGACUUCACGGAGAAUAAGGUAAACCUUGCUUUUGGUUCUAUGGACAAGCUUGAUCUGAAUGCCCUUGAUGAACUCAUUUGCAUAUGCCGCAUUUGGACAAGGGCGAUGUGUGACGGGCCCGCCUUUGAGCUCGUGCUUUCUUCGGGUCAUGUGCUUAAAGGCAGUGUUCAUCCUGGUUGGAAGAAGGUUGGCUGUGAGCCCCUUUUGACGACGCUGUGUCCUGGACACCAGAGAGGUCGGGAGAACUCCGUUGUGGUAUCUUGA